AAUCCUCCUCUAGUGGCAGUUUGUAACUUGUAAAGUUGGUAACUUUGAUCCAUAAGUGGCUGUACCUGCUGUCUCAGACCAAUCCAUCGCAUCCCACAAGGAGAAAAACAGAAAAGAGAGGAAGAAAAGGAAACCCCAUGAGAUGAAAAAGUUUUUCAAAGGGGGGAAGGGGUAAACUCAGCUGCCUCACCUCAUGAUAUAAAGUAACCAUGGUUGGGGUUUUGGGGGUGUGGCAGAGUGUGGCAGAAGAGACAGAAAUGUAACCAGGGUUAGGAACGUGGGUUAGUCUCCUUCAGAAGCGGAGAGGUAGGUUUGGGGUUGUCUGAGAAGUUUACAGGAGGAGGCUGCUGUGUAUAAAACCAUCUAGGAGACUAGAGACCCUUUGUCAUUAACAAAACAUACAAAAAGGAAAAAUGAACCUCACCGAUUCUUUGAACCUCUCUCUCCUCUCAUCUCAUGAUCUCUGAGCUCUUCCAGUUCCUGCUCAUAAUCUCUCACCUCUCCACGGCAUGCCUCAGAAAUUCUGGUACUGUCUCCUCUCCUCUCUUCCUUUCUUUUCUUGCUCGCGCACAAUCUGGUAAAUUGGGAUUAUGAUCUUUGUUUCAUUUGCUGUCAUGGGUUCUGGGUUUUCUUUCUGAAUUUGCAAGGAUGAGUUCUGGAUCCCUUGGAUUCUUCUGGGAAGUUUUGGAUUUGAUCCGAGAAGGGAUCAGAUAUCAACAAAAGGAUCGUACUGCAGAACCUUUUGAAAUCAGAACCGUGACUUGUUUACAUUCCACUGGUCUUCGUUUCAUUUGAGCUGAUUCCAGUUCUUCCUAUUUCAAGACUUAUUUUCUACCUAAAAUUUUGAUCAAAAUGGGCCUCUCCAGCCUUCCUGCCCCGUCUGAAGGUGUACUGGGUGUGAUCCUUGUAAAUACAGCCCUAUCAAUUUCCAUCUUCAAAGGUUUAGUUCGAUCGAUUCUCCAUGUUGUUGGCAUCCAUCUCUCGUCGCCUACAUCGUCAGCAGACUCCAUGGAGAAUGCUCCUGAAUCUGUAGAGUUCCGUCUUAACCCGAAUGGAAGUUACAUUGAAGAGUUCCGCAGCCGGAUCCCAGCAAUUCUGUACGACAAAGUUCACAGCUGCAAAUGGCUAGAACAGGACUGCUCAGUCUGCCUAACCCAGUUUGAACCUGAAUCAGAGAUAAACCAUUUAUCUUGUGGCCAUCUUUUCCACAGAGUGUGCUUGGAGAAGUGGCUGGACUACUGGAACCUUACAUGCCCACUGUGCCGGACUCCAUUAAUGCCCGAAGAAGAGACAGCUUCCUGCUUCUGGUGAGCCUUAUGAAUGAAUAAGGUGGUUGAGGAAUUCCACUAUAUGUACAGCAGCAACAUAGUGUAUAGCUAAUCUUAAAAGUGCAUCCGCAGGCCAUGGCAUUUGUACCUUUCAUAUGCAUGAGGAGUUGAAGCGUGAUGAGUGUGAAUGGGUCUCAGACCCCUAGUUUCAUUGUAAAUAUGAAGCUUUCUGUCCCUUUUUUAGCAGUCUUGAAACUGACUUUCACAUUUUGAGUUGAUGUAGCUAAUCACCUUUUGCUAGCAGCCCGAGUCAUCUAGUUUUCCUGCUGA